AUGGAAAUCGAUACUCACGAGAUGGCAGAAGGCACCUGCGCGAAUCCCUUGCUACUGGGCUGGCUCAAGGAGUGGUAUGAUGAAGCCAUGGACAAGAACAUGAAGGGGCCAUGCGCGGUGUAUAAGAAGGCCUAUAAUUCCAUGAAAGCGUGUCCGUUAAAAUUUAAGCACCCGUCAGAGGCGCAGCAGCUCAGUGGAGUUGGGCCAAAAAUGUGUGAACGCUUGACUGCAAAGCUCAAGGAAUACUAUGAGAAGCGUGGGCUUCCCAUGCCAGAACCUCAGCAACAGGCCAAGAAAAGGCCAUCCACAGAUGUUUUGCAGCAGAACGAUGACCAGCCAACUAAACGACCAAAGAAGGUAAAACCAUAUGUGCCAACGCUGCGUUCAGGGCCUUAUGCACUCCUAUUAGGACUUGCUUCUCUAGAUAAGAGCUCAUCAGUAGGCUUGACCAAAGAUCAACUCAUAGAAGUUGCGCAGCCGCAUGCUGAUGCCUCCUUUACUGCACCUCCGGAUCCCAACAAGUUCCACACUGCCUGGGAUUCAAUGAAAACUCUCAUUAGAAAGGACCUCGUCUAUGAACGUGGUAGACCGCUGAGGAGAUAUCUCCUCACAGACGAGGGAUGGGAAAUUGCCUCGCAAAUACAGAAGACUGUUAGAGGAAGCUCACAUAUUUCUUCAGACGCCCGGACUAGCAUGGAUAACUUCAUACAUUCUGGAAGCACAAAACCAUCUUCAUCUCGGCAAUUGAAUUCUGUCGAAGAAACGAUUUUAGUUGAUGUGCCGCAUAUGUCGCGAGGAACUGCGCAUGGAUCCAGAUUCACUCUUCCACACGACAGCUUUACUAUUGAAAUGGUGCUUGAUUACCGAGAAAUACGUUCAAGACAGGAUCGAGACUAUAUCUCAAACGAAUUAGUCAAGCGAGGUAUUUCACCCAUAGUCCGUCCCCUGGAGGUUGGGGACAUUCAAUGGGUUGCAAAAUGCAAAGAUCCUCAUUUUCUUGCGCAGUAUGGCGAACUAGGAGACGAAGUAGCUCUAGACUGGAUUGUUGAAAGAAAGCGGCUGUCUGAUUUACUCAGCAGUAUAAAGGAUGGUCGCUUCUAUGAACAAAAGUUCCGUCUUCGCCGUUCCGGGAUAAAGAAUGUCAUAUACCUAGUGGAAAUUAUGACCCUUACGAGCGCAAACCCAGUAACUGCAAGUCGUGAUAUGUCUGCUAUCGCAUCUGCCAUAGCGUCGACACAGGUAGUCAAUGGCUAUUUCGUCAAACAAACCAAUAGCGUUGACGAGUCAAUUCGAUACCUCGCCAAAAUGACCAAGCUGCUCCGAGAGAUGUAUAUUGGCUCAGAAUCUACCACCCCAGUGAGGCGCAUAGAAGUUACGCCAACAUCUUGCAUCGAGUCACAAAAUGCAUAUCUAUUACAUCUCGAACAACUCCGUGCUGAGGAGCAGAAAAGACUGGACACGUCGCCUACAUCUAGCACCGUGGAAACUACCUAUACCUUAACGUAUAACACAUUCUCAGCUUUAUCUUCUAAGUCAGACAUGCUUACCUUACGUGAUAUCUUCCUAAAGAUGCUUAUGUGCACACGAGGAGUUACAGGAGAUAAAGCUCUCGAAAUCCAGAGACGAUGGAGCACCCCCCGUGAAUUUGUCAAGGCUUUUGAACAGGCUGGCCCCCGAGGACAGGAUGGAAAACCCUCCCUGGCGCAGGAUGAUCUAGUUGCGUCUGAGUUAGGGGGGUUUGUUGGGCGAAAGAAGAUUGGUAAGGCAUUAAGCAAAAAGAUUGCAGAGAUUUGGGCCCCCUGA